AUGCCCUCUUUAAUUAUAAUUAUAGCGUGUUUUAGCUCCGAAAAGCUCGAAAUAGAAACUGAGUUUUUUCGACUUAUCCAUGUAGUUGAAGGUACAUUAAUAAAGCAAAAAGUUGAACAAAAAGUGGACGCAACAGAAAAAAUUGAAGAAAAUAAAUUAUUGAAAUCAAAAGACAAAGAAGCUUCCUCCUCUUCUUCCUCUUUUCUUUUAAUAAUUGGAAUUAUUUUAUUUAUAAUUCUUCUUUUAAUUGCUUCAUUUCUCGCCUUUAGAUGGUUUAAAACUAAACAGCAAGCUAAAAGAAGGAAACAAUUUUUGGAUGCAAAUUCUAAUAAAAAUGGUUUGAAAAUUUUGAAAAAAAUAUUUUUGGGAUUUUAAUUGUUGUCCUCACCUCCCUUAUAAUAUUUAUUAUUUCUUUAACUUCUAACGAAAGUUCGAUUCUUAUUCCGAUUACUCUUUCUCAGACAUUUUUCUUCCGAUUUCUGAUUUUUUACUUUUCGACAUUCCCGGCGCAACUUACUUUUGUUA